AUGAAUAGGACAUCAUUCGCGAGGGCUUCCUUUCUUCAUCGAGCGACCUUCUGUAGGACCGUGCAUACGAUUAAGAACGGGAGGAACAGGAAGAUCAGCAAGGACGGGGUUCCCCCUUCGCCAUCGCCGCCAUGGUCCUCCGUUCUGCUGCGUCUGGUAAGGAACAACAACGUAGAGGAAGCCCGCCGCGUUCUCGAGGGGAUCCUCCCCUUCGCCGACGCUCAGCACUACACCAUCGUGAUCGACGCGUACUCCCGCGCCGGCCGCCUCCGGGAAGCUCUGCGGCUGUUCUCAGAGAUGCCGGCGGCGCGCGACCUGGCGUGCUGGAAUUCCAUGAUGAAGGGCUGCCUGAACUGCGGGCACCUGCCGCUGGCCCGCCACCUGUUUGACCAAAUGCCCGAAAGGAACACCAUAUCCUGGACCACCAUGCUCGACGGCCUCGCGCGGGCUGGAAGGAUUGCAGAGGCGGAGGAGCUGUUCCUGGAGAUGCCGCAGCGGGACAUCGUCGCCUGGAAUUCCAUGAUCUUUGGAUACUGCAGGAACGGGAGAGCCCCAGAAGCCUGCGCGCUGUUCGACAACAUGCCUAACCGAAACGUAAUUUCCUGGACUGCCAUGAUCGGAGGGCUCGACCUGAACGGGCAGAGCGAAGCCGCCCUGCGUCUCUUCCAGCAAAUGCAUGCCGCCGGGGAGAAGCCCACAUCAAGCACGUUCGCGUCCCUGCUCACAGCUUGUUCUAAUGUGCCCAACGCCAGCGUCGGCGCGCAGGCCCAUAGCCUGGCAGCGAAAUUGGGGUACCCGCAUGAUGCCUACGUCUCUGCUUCUCUGAUCAGCUUUUACGCCGCCUGCAACCAGGUGGACGAUGCGCAGAGAGCUUUCUCCGAGAAUGGGCGCAAGACUGUGGUCACCUGGACUGCUCUCUUAACAGGGUAUAGCUCCAAUGGCAGGCACCGCGAGGCCUUGCGUCUUCUCAAGAGGAUGACGCUAGCCGGGAUGAGGCCCAACCAGUCCACGUUCACCAGCGCUCUGAACUCAUGUUGCAAGCUCGAAGCUCUCGACGAGGGGAAGGUGGUCCAUGGCGGUGUCAUCAAGGUCGGAUUGGACUUGGACGUAUUUGUGGGGAACUCUCUCAUCGUGGCGUACUCCAAAUGCGGAGAGAUCGACGACGCACGGAUGGUGUUCGACAAUAUGCCCAACAGAAACCUCGUCUCCUGGAAUUCCGCCAUUGCUGGCUACUCGCAGAAUGGCCGGGGAAGAUCUGCUCUCGAGGUUUACAGAGACAUGCAGGCCGCCCAAGUCCGCCCCGACGAGAUCACAUACGUGGGGCUGCUUACCGCCUGCAGCCACUCUGGGUUGCUCGAGGAGGGAAGGCGCCUCUUCCGCUUGCUGAACCAAGACACUUCAUUGGAACCCAAGCUCGAGCACUACGUCUCCAUGGUGGACCUCCUGUGCAGGACAGGGAACUUCGGCGAAGCAGAGGAACUCAUAAAGAGCAUGCCUCUGGAACCCAACGCCGCCGUCUGGCUGGCUCUUCUCAGUUCCUGCAGGGCUCACUCUGAGACGGAGACUGCAAUUCGGGCUGCGCAGCAUAUAUUCGAUCUUGAUCCGCAGAACAGCGCCGCCUAUGUUCUGCUGUCGAAUGUAUAUGCUUCGGCCAGGCGCUGGAACGAGGUCUCAGAGACCAGAACGGCCAUGAGACGCAGUGGAACGGCGAAGACGCCUGGUUUCAGUUGGAUCAUGCUGAAGGGAGCUCGGCACGUCUUCGCCUGCGGCGAGAGGUCGCACCCCAUGGCUAAAGAGAUCUAUCAAAAGCUCGACUGGCUGGCUGCAAAGCUGAAGACGUGCGGCUACGAACCCGAGCUAGGGUCUGCGCUUCACGAUGUGGACGACGAGCAGAAAGAUGCGGCGCUUGGUGUUCACAGCGAGAGGCUCGCAAUUGCUUUCGCCCUUCUGAGCACCGUGGAGGGCAGCGUGAUCCGAGUGAUGAAGAACCUCCGGGUCUGCGGCGAUUGCCACUCCGCCGUGAAGUUGAUGUCGAGGAUUCUCGGUCGGCAGAUCGUCUUGAGGGACCCCUCCCGUUUUCACCACUUCAACGAUGGCUCCUGUUCUUGCGGCGAUUACUGGUAG